UUUCAACUCACGAAAGAGAAGUUUGUAUGUUUUUUUGUUAAGACUAGAAUAAAAAACUUUUAAAAAUGAAGUUCGCAUAUAAGUUCAGUAAUUUAUUGGGAUCAGUUUACCGUGAAGGUAAUUUAUUAUUCACUCCUGAUGGCAUGUCAGUUAUCAGUCCAGUGGGAAACAGAAUCACAAUAUAUGAUUUAAAAAAUAAUAAAUCGCAAACUUUACCAAUAGAGAGUCGAUUUAAUUUCCAUGCCUUGGAUUUGUCACCAAAUGGUUAUUCACUUAUAGCUAUCAAUGAAGAGGGUGAAGCAUACGUCAUAAGUAUGAUCAGUAAGGUUGUGAUUCAUAGAUACAGAUUUAAGAGAAAAGUACAGUGCGUCAAAUUUUCUCCUGAUGGCAAACAUUUUGCAGUAUGUAAAGAGGGCACUGUUUUCAUUUUUACAGCUCCUGGUUUGUUAACUGGAGAAUAUAAUCCAUUUGUUAUGGAACGAGUUUUUCAUGACUCUAUUGACGACAUAACGUGUAUUGAAUGGUCUUUUGAUUCUAAGUUACUACUUGUUGGUUCAAAAGAUAAAUGUGCAAGAUUGUAUAAGCUUGAUAAAUGCAUGAAUUUUAAAAAGUACACAUUGGGAUCUCACUCCGAUGUCAUAGUUGGAUGUUUUUUUGAAAAGAGUAACUAUGAUCUUUCAACUGUUUGCAGAAACGGACAUCUCCAGUUAUGGGAUUGUUCCUUAGAACCAAGUGACCUUGUUUAUGAACCACUUGGUAAAAAAAUUAAGCCAAAUGACAGCGACAGCGAAGAUGACGUGGAUUUAAACAAAGUUCUAGAAAAAACAGAAAAGCAAAAAAAGAUUUCUGAAAAUAAACCAUCAGACGAUGAAGAAAACAUAGUAAUGGAUGAAGUAAGAAAUACAAGGAGUAAAAAUAAAUUGCUUAAGGAACAAGUUAAAAAAUUAAAUUACUCAAAAUUAGGAAGACAUUAUUUGUUGGAUGAAGUACGUAAAAAUGAUAAAGAUGCUGUUUUAACUGCUGCUGCUUAUCAUCAGGAGACUCGAAUUUUAAUUGUUGGAUUUAGUAACGGAGCUUUCUUCUUGUACGAAAUGCCAGAAGUUAAUAUGAUACAUUCACUGAGUAUAACAAGUCAUCACAUUUCUUCCAUUUCGAUAAAUUCUUCUGGCGAUUGGAUAGCAAUCGGGAGUAAAGAAUUGGGUCAGCUACUAGUUUGGGAAUGGCAGAGUGAAACUUAUGCCAUGAAGCAGCAAGGCCACAGUAGCAACAUGAACUGUGUUGCUUACAGUCCCGAUGGACAGUUUAUUGUUACAGGUGGUGAUGACGGAAAAAUCAAACUGUGGAAUACAUCCAAUGGUUUUUGUACCGUCACAUUCCAUGAGCACACAUCUUCUAUUUCUGGAAUAUUGUGCAGCAAAAAUCGAAAAUUCAUUGUAUCUGCCUCUCUGGAUGGCACUGUUAGAGCAUAUGAUUUAAUGAGAUAUCGAAAUUUUAAAACUUUUACGUCUCCCAGACCUGUACAGUUUGCUUGCGUUGCCUUGGAUCCAAGCGACGAGUUUAUUGCUGCUGGAGGUCAAGAUGUUUUUGAAAUAUUUUUGUGGAGCAUGAAACUGGGAACUCUUGUGGAGAUUUUAAGCGGUCAUGAGGGUCCAGUCAUGAGUGUGGCAUUUAAUCCUAAUCCCGCAAGUACCGAGUUAGCUUCGGUUUCGUGGGAUAAAACCUUAAAGUUUUGGGACGCCAUAGAAAAAGGAUCGAGUCACAAUACAAUACAAUUGACCUCCGAUGGUUUAUGCGUUGUUUACAAACCAAAUGGUGAAGAAGUUGCGGUCGCAACUUUAAACGGCCAAAUCUCAUUUUUUCAUUGUAAAAGUGAAACGCAAGUCGGCACAAUAGAAGGAAGGAACGAUUUAGGCAGUGGACGAUCAGAAACAGAUUUAAUUACUGCAAAAAAAAGUUUAGAAGGAAAGGCUUUUACAACCUUAUCUUACACAGCUGACGGCAAUUGUAUCUUGGCUGGUGGACAGUCAAAAAAUGUUUGUAUUUACAGCGUCAAAGAAUCCAUCUUGUUGAAAAAGUUUGAAAUUACUCAAAACAGAUCGUUAGAUGCUGUUGAUGAUUUCAUAAAUAGAAGAAAAUUAACGGAGUUUGGAAAUCUCGGUUUGGUUGAAGAGCGUGCAGAAAGUGAAGGCGGUAAUGUCGCUUUACGAUUGCCAGGAGUCAGAAAAGGCGACUUGGCGAGCAGAAAUAUGAAACCUGAAAUUCGAGUUUUUUGUUUACAAUUUUCACCAACAGGACAAGCUUGGUCAGCAGUAACAACAGAGGGUUUAUUGAUCUAUUCAUUGGAUGUUGGAUUGGUUUUUGAUCCAUUCGAGCUUGAAUUGGGAAUAACGCCUAUGACCGUAAAAGAAACUUUAAGAAAAACGGAUUAUUCGAAAGCUGUUAUGAUGGCUCUUAAACUCAACGAAGUUUCACUGAUUCGUGAAGUGAUAGAGAAUGUUCCUAGAUCUGACGUUGUACUGACUGUGGCCAGUGUGUCUGGAGCUUACAUAGAAAGAUUGAUGAAAUUCGUUGCUAGCGAAUUAGAAGAAUCGCGGCACAUACAUUUUUACUUACUAUGGGUUGAAUCAAUUUUAACCGAACAUGGACCCAAGGAAAAUGCAAUAUUCAAAUUACCGACAUUGUUAUUACUGCAAAAAAACAUGCAACAAAAAUACGACGAUCUCAGUAAAAUAUGCGACUUCAAUCAGUAUACCAUUAUGUACCUCCAGAAGUUGAGUCAGUUGAAACACAGGAAAAACAACAAGGAAAUCCAGGAUGUGAUGUCGGACAAUGAAAGUAAUCACGUGUCAAUGGACGUAGAUUAAUUAGAGAAAAAAAAUAGCUAGGGCAAUUCUUUUGCUCAACAUGUACAAAGUGUAAUUAGACAAAUGACUUUUCCAUCUAAUAAUCAUGAAUUUUUUA